AUGCCGCCUGGCCGCAGCGGCAGCCGGAAGGGAGCCCCGGUGCCCCUGCCGCCGCCGCCGCCGCCCAGCCUCGUCAACUCCAGCCUUGCCACCACCUCCAACUCCAGCCUGGCCAACUCCAACUCCCUGCCCUCCAUGGCUUCGCUGCCCUCCCUCGUUCCCACAGCACCGGGCGCACCCAGCGCUGCCCCGCUCUAUGACAGGCCGCCAGCAAGCACGAUGCUGGUCACGCCAGCGGCGAUGGAAGAGCCCCCUGCAGCAGAGGAGGCAGGCAGCAGCGGGCCGCAGCUGCGUCCGCCCUCGCGCGCCCCGUCGCGUGGUGGCACUGCCGCCAGCGCCGCGCGUCGGGCAGCCAGUCCCGACUUUUGGUCUCACCACACCGCGCCUCAGCUGCUGGAAACCAGCAUCCGCAACCCGGAGCUCAAGCUGCAGCUGCUGACGCGGGCGCUGGAGGAGAGCCGGGGCAAACUGCAGCAGCUGCAGCGUGACCGCGCGGCAGUGUCGGAUGCCCUGGGCCAGCUGUGCCUGGCUUCGGGCGCGACAGGCAAGGAGGCGGCGGCGGCGGCACGGCCAGCCAACCCAGAAGACGACACCCUCCUGCCCCGCCGCAUCGACCUGCUCACCGCCCAGCUGCAGGCGCUGCGCGAGGCGGUGCAGGCGGGGGAGGCGGCGGUCACGGAUGUGCAGGCGCAGCACGAGCGAGCGGCGCUGCAGGUGGUGGUGCAGCAGCAGCACCGCGAGGCGCUCGAACGGCAGCUGGAGGAGGCACGCUACACGGCGCAGCAGCACGAGCAGGCGCAGCACGCGCUGCAGGUCAAGGUGGGCCUGCUGGAGGAGCAGCUGGCGGCCAGCGCGGACUCGGCGCGGCGGCGCAUGGAGGAGCAGCUGGACACCUUCCGCGGGGAUGCCAUGACGGCCAGGACGCUGCGCAACAAGUAUGUCGAUAUGGAGCGCCAGCUGGACACUGCACAGCGUGCACAGCAUGCCGAUGCCGAGCAGUGCAGCCGACUGGCGGCGCAGGUGGAGCGGCUGCAGGCGCAGCUCAAGGAGGCGACGCGAGGGCAGGCGGAGCUUGGGCAGCACCUGCUGGACAAGUCUGCCGCACUCAGCAAGCUGACAGACGAGCACCGAUCGCUGCAGGCCGAGGCCACAGCCCUCGCCGCCCACAACUCCCAGCUGCAGGCAGCGCUGUCUGCCAGCCAGCAGCGGGCCCAGCAAGGGGAGAACCUGGGCACGGGGCUGCAGGCGCAGUGCCAGGCGGCGCAGCAGCUGCAAGGGGCGCUGCACGAAGAAGCAGAGCGCCUCAAAGCCGAGCUGCAGCAGGAGCGGGGGCAGAAGCACCACCUGCAGACGGCGUUGGCCGAGGAGCGCCUGGUGUGUGCCAGCCAGCGGGCGGCGCUGCAGGGCAAGGGCGAGGAGAUUGCCUCGCUGUGCGUGAAGCUGGACGAGUAUUCGGGCCGCAUUGUGGCAGCCGAAGGGGCGCUGGAGGCGUCCGAGCGGCGUGUGGAGCAGCAGGGAGUGCUGCUACAGCAGGUGGAGGAGGCGUCGCAGCAGGCGCGGCACGAAAACAGCAGCCUGCGCGACUCGCUUGCGGAUUUGGCGGCGUCAGAGGCGAGGCUGAAGCAGCAGCUGGAGCAGGCGGAGGCCAGAGGUGCUGAGACAGAGGCAGCUCGUGCGGCGCUGGUUUUGACGGGCCAGGAGCAGGACACCGCCGCGGCCAGGACCAGGGAGCAUGUGCAGACGCUGCAAGCUUCCCUGGCAGAGCAGGCUAGGCAGCUGGAGCAGAUGGCAGCACUGCAGCAGCAGGUGGAGGGGCAGCGGCAGCAGGUGGCAGACUUGAAGGGGGAGCUGCAUGCUGCAGUGGUGCGAGGGCAGGCUUCCCAGGCUGCUGUGGAUGAGCUGGCGGCAGCCAAGCAGCAGCUAGAACGGGAGCUUCACAAGCAGGAGAUACUGUGCCGGCGGUUCCAGGAACAGUGGAAUGAAGCAAACGUGGCACUGCAGACCACCGGCAAGGAGCUGAAGGCAGCCAGGGCGGGCGCAGAGGCUGCCAGCGCACAGGCGGCACAGGAGCGGGAGGACCACGCCGCUGCUGUGGAGGCUCUUAAGCAGCAGCAUGCACAGCGCAGGUCCAGGAACGAGCAUCUUGAGCGGGAGUGUCGGCAGCAGGCCAUCAUCAUCGCUGAGCUGCAGGCCACCACCAUCUCCCUCACCGCCCGCCUGGAAGCCACCCGGCAGCACAAUGCGGCCCUGCACCGCUACGCUGUGGCGCACGGCGCGGCCUACGGCCGCCUGGCUGGUCAUUCGGCGGGCCUUCACCAGCUGUAUGCUCGGCAACUGAGGUGGCUGCUGCAGCUGUGCCGCCACCUCGACUUACAGGUGGCUGCGGCCCUUGCAGCCGCAGAUCCGGUGGCGGCUUUGGAGGCGGAUCGAUGCUGCAGCGGUGGCAGCAGCAGUUUAGAGGCAGCGCAAACGCCAGCAGCGCUGCCGGUCGUGCACGAAGCAGCAGUGGCGGGCACACAUGCUGCCGGCAGCUCGGCGGCAGCUGUCGCGGCUGCAGUUCUGUCUAUUGAGAGCCUGAGAACGGAGCUGCAGGUGUCUGUACAGCUGCUGGAGCAGCAGGGCGGCAGCAGCGAGGUGCAGCAGCUGGCAGCAGUGCCAGAUGGCAUUGCGCAGGGGCUGGAUGCGGACUUGGCAGGACUGCCUCCUUCGCUGCUGACCUCACCACGGCUGGGGCUGGAUGAGGGAGCUGCCAUGGCAGCCGCAGGACCAGAGUCAGCUACCGCCAGCAACAGCAGCAGCAGCAGCAGCAGCAGCAGAAGCCGCCUUCAGCAGAGCCUUCAGCCAACACCAGCAUCCAAGACUUCCCAGGCAGCACAGCAGCAGGAUAGGACCACACGCAUUGCCGCCACCACGCCAGCGAAGCCUCCAUCCUCUGUUCUGUCAGCCCAGGUGUCACAGAUGGAGGCACACUUGCAGCGCCUGGUGCGCAGCGGAGCGGAGCAUGCCGCACGGGCGGCAGCGGCGGUGCUGCUGCAGGAGCAGGAGCGUGCGGCGCGGCAGAGGGCUCAGGACCUUGCCACUGAGCUGACCACUCAAUUAGCAGCCACUCAGGCAGACCUGGAUGCCACCCGGGAGCAACGCGGCCAGCUGGAAGGGCAGUGCCAGCAGCUGGCCCAAGAUCUGCGGGAUGCCAUUUACAGCCUGGGCCAGGUGCAUGCGCAGCAUCAGGGGCAGGCAGUGUCCUGGGCUGUGCGGGGGCUGAAGAGCGCGGGAGUCCAGACACAGUACUGCGAGCUGUGGGAGUCCAACCUUGGAGGCACCGCUGGCACCUGCCACAACAGUGCCGGCGCCAUCAACGGCACAGCGUGCGUGGCAGGCAGCGGCAGCGGCAACGGCAGCGUGCUGUGGGCUGCUGCGCAGGAGAGCAGCAGCGGCAGCAGUCGCGGUGGUAGCGGGGAGGCCAGUGAGAAUGGAGGGGAGGCUGAUGCCAGCAGUGGCGUCGAGGUGCAGGGGCAGGAGGAGGCUGCGGCAGCCAGGGUGCUGCCGCUGCCGGCCCUGCGGCAGGCCAUUCAGGACAUCUAUCGGGCCAAGGCCAUUGCAGACAUUGCUGUGGCACGUGGCCAGCGCCCCUUCCUGCCUCUGGCUGACUUUCUUGCCGCCUACCUGGCCCAGCAGCACGGCGCCGAGGGCGCGGCGGUGCAACAGCGUGCGCAGCAGCUGCAGGCCAGCGUCGAAGCGCAUGCCGGGGUGUGGGAAGUCGGCCUCUUUGGCCUGGCAGCCGGCAUGCUUGAGGAGGCUGAGAACUGGGAUGCCGCCCCGCCAGGCUCUGCGCCGGCGAUCCUUGUCAGGCCCCCAGGCAGCAGCAGCCCAUCAGCAGCAGCACCACCACCAUCAGCGGCAGCAGACGCAGUGCCACUGGUUCUGUAUCACAGCCGCCGCCGCCGCGGCACGCCUUCCCAGCUGCAGCAUGGCGAGGCGCUUUCGUCCCUGCGCCGCUUCUGCGGCGCCAGCUGGCUGGCGGCCUUCCGGCGGUCGGCGGCGCUGUGCCCUGCUGGCCCCGACCAGCUGUUGCACGGCAUGGCAGCAGAGUUGCACAACCUUGCGCUCAGCGUGCCUGGCAUGGAGCAGCUGGCAGCCUGGGUGUUGGGCGGCGGGGUGGGCGCCUGCCUGCCGCAGCUGGACUUGGGGCUUCGCCUGGCAGAGAACCAGGUGCCCCAGCUCUACCUGCUGGCGGUAGAGAGCAGCCGCCUGCUCGGCCUGGCCACCACGCCGCAGCUGUAUGUGAAGAGCAGCGGGGAGGCUGCCGCCUACUACCUGCUGCUGCCUGACACGGCUCGUUUGCACGGCUUCAAUGGCAGCUCAGCUGAUGCGGCAUCCGACCGUGCCAGCAGCGCCAGCGCGGAGAAAAGCAGUAGGGAUGACGGCGGCGAGCGCAGCAGCAGCAGCAGCGCCGCGCUGCGCUUGCUCGAGGCUGGUAGCACUGUGGCUGGCGGGAGCCAGGUGGCAGCCGAGCCGCGGGACUGGCAGUGUGCCCUUGUGCUGACCAGCGGCCUAGUUGAUCUGCUGGAGCCUGGAGAGUUGCAGGCUGUGAUGGCAGGCUGUCUGGGCUUCCACGCGGCCCUCACCUCCCCUGCCGGUGGCUCCAGCUUGGCGCCCGCAGCCAGCCAGGAGGGCGCCCAGCUGGCGGCGCUGUGCCGCAGCAUGGCGGCGCUGGCCACGCUGGGCACGCUGAGCGCGCUGAGCCCCGACCUGCUGGCCCGCCGCCUGCCGCAGCAGAUGGCGCCGUUUGUCUUUUCCCGGCUGCGCCCGGUGCUGGCGAGGGCGCUGCGGUACCUCGCCCUGUACUGCGACCGCGUGGCGGCCGCCGCCACCGGCGGCUGGCGCCCCGUAGCCGCCUCGAUCGUCAAACAGGCCGCAGGCUGCACUGUUCUGCGAGACGAGCUCAACCUUGACGCCGUGAUUCAGCAGGCACAGGAGCUGGAUGGGGCGACGGCGGAGCUGCUGCCAAAAGCGCUGCUGCGGGAGGAGGGGGCGACGGUGGCGGGGGCCGCAGCCAGCCUGGUGCUGCUGCGCGUGCGGGAGCUGCAAAAGUGGGCCGCGGCGGAGCGGCGGUAG